AGACCGGGUGCAAUGGGAGUCCCGCAAAUCUGUAUUUACUGACUGUUUUCAGGGGAAAAACUGGGCUAUCUGAAUGACAUGCUUGUCACAACUUUGUCAUUUGAGAAGAAGGAAUUUAAGGCAUCAUGGAAGGACUAGAGGCCCCGGAACUAAACCAAGAUAUUCACGGCGGAAGUGGGUUACUUAAUCGGGCACUUGGAGAGGACCACGCAACCCUGGUGAAAGUAAGGGUAGAGGAAUGUUACUUUAAAGUUGAACGGACAAUGCUAGCAAAAUAUAGCGACUACUUCAAAGCUCUCUUUCAGUCUGGAAUGGUAGAAAGCCACCAGGAAGAACUGCACUUAAAAGGUGGAGUGAAGGCACGGGGUUUCCUCAUUGCUCUUGCGGUGUGCAGGGGCGAACUACCUUCUCUAAGUGAUCCAGACGAGCUAAUAGAUGCUAUUGAAUGUGCCGCCUUCUUGCAAGUACCGAUGCUAGCUCAACAUCUCUGCGACAUAAUUGAUUCAGACAACUGCCUAUUACUGUAUUAUACGUCAAAUGUUUUUGGUUUGCAUUCAGUGUCCCAUUGUGCAGCGUUGUUUCUUAGAGAUGCUUUUGAAGACCUCAAGGAUGCGGCUGAAACGCAACUUCCGGAAAACUUGCUACAAUAUGCCCAAAUACUAUCCCCGGCUACUUAUAUCGCAUUAGGGACCCAUACACCAUCAAUGGAGCUUUUAAAUGACUCCUUCAGGGUCAUUUGUUACCUUGAUGAAAAUGAGCAAGAAUGGAAACAUCUAACCAACCUACCAACGCUUUGUAGCACGUCCAUGGCAGGUGUGGCAGUACUAGACAACCGAUUGUACAUUGUCGGUGGAGUUUACGGUUAUAAGAAGGAUACAGUAGACCGCAGUUUUUGCUAUCACCCCGAAACAGGAUUAUGGACCGAUCUACCAGGUCCGCAACAGCCUCGGUAUAAUUUUACUUUGCUGGGACACGAGGGAAGACUAUAUGCGAUAGGGGGUGAGCUACAAAGUCGUACUAUUGCAACCGCAGAAAGCUAUGACGUCAACAAAGAACAAUGGACUUUUACGCAACCCGCACCCAGACCUGUAGGAUCGGCUGCUUGUGCUGUCGCAAGACGUAGGAUGUUCGUUUGCUUCUGGAAACCGCCGGAUACGACUGAUAUCUAUGAGUAUCUACCAGCUAAAGAUGAAUGGAACUUGACCACAACUAUGAUAAGGCCGCAAAGUUAUGGUCACUGUAUGGUAGCGCACAGGGACAACUUGUAUGUGAUGCGAAACGGACCAUGCGAUGAUUUCUUGCGAUGUCUUAUGGAUUGCUACAACAUCACAACAGGACAGUGGACGGCAUUGGCAGGGCACUACAUUAACAGCAAGGGGGCGCUGUUCACCUCAAUGGUAAGAGGUGAUUCAGUGUUCACGGUGAAACAUAUGCUAACUCUUGAAUAUAAAAUAACUGGGGAAGGUUGGAAGCCGCACAGACAAAUGAAAGGAUUUUCAAAAAGCGGAUCGUUGUGGACGUGUUUAUUGAGGCUUCCCAAGACAGGACCAGUGAUCCCAAAGACGAACACACAGGGAGAGAAUGGAGAAAUGCCCUUGCCAGACAGAUCCGAGGAAUUUAUGGAAACUGUGUUACAACUGUGAAAAGAGUAUAGCCAAUGCAAAUAUGUGUAUGGUGCGUUUUAGAAUUGUUUUUAA